AUGAACGAUUCUGCACCCCCGGUAUCCACCCUGGCGCUGUUGGACAAGUCGCCAAACCAUGUCUGCCAUAUCUGCGCCAAGUCUUUCGCUCGAAGAGAUGUCUUGAGACGACACGCCCGGCAUCAGCAUGGAGAAGCUGCUUGCCAGAAGAUGAGCCCACGAUCACGGCGAAAGAGCUGCCUUCGUUGCGCGCUGCACAAGAUCAAGUGCACGAGGGAAUCGACCUGCCAGGAAUGUGGAAAGAACGGAUUGCUCUGCCAGUAUAAUUUCGAGCCGUCGUCCAAAAACAUAGCGCCCAAAGAGUGCGACAGUCAUCUACUGCCGCUUGAGGGAGAUCGACAUCCUCCGUCGUCGCCCAAGCGGCCCAGAUUACAGCUUGAGCAUUCAGUGACUUCUCCUGAGCUACACCUGACAUCCGCGAGUCCGAUGCAGUCUCAGACACCACCGAGUUUGGAAAAUCGAUCAAGCCCGGGGUGGAGCUCUCCGGGGAAUCGCGAAUUCUACAGCGGCAUCGAUGCUCCAGCUGUCGUAUCUCAACCCGACGUUCCCUUUGGUUUUCAAACUACGACAGGUUCUCAUGGCGAUGACAAUGAUAUCAUUCGGGCAAGUGAAAACCAUGGCGUGGAUAGUUAUAACCUUUUUACGCCUUCCAAGCAUGACUCUGAGCUCAUGAGACACCCUUAUAUUGGCCUAGGGCGACGCGGCUCUGGCCACAUGGCUCCAGAACAUUGGGGUUUACUUUUCGACAUGGAAGACACUCAUGCUGUCGACCUCACAUCUCGCACCACAUCAGAGAGUCAAAUGCCCGAUAUGUCUGACGGGGCUUUCCCAGAAUUCACCAUCACCCCAGAAGAUCUAGCAAUUGUGGGUGGUGCACCCCAGCCGACCUCCGGGACAUGGCUUCAAGCUCGCCCACCGCUUAAGGAAUUCUUAGAAGAUCGGGAAGGCCUCCAAAACCAUAAAGAUGCAGUGACUCCCGUCGUUGCAGACACGCGGAGCCCUCUGCUUGAAGAUAUAUAUUCAUCUGUCAUGAGUGGUAGUCCGGAGUUUCCCGGGACUGAUAACGGCAGCCAGCCUACCAUUGAAGCAGGACAGAGUCUGGCCCUGAGAAUCCACCGAGUACUGCAGCAGACCUUGACUGAUCAAACUGGAUUGUCCACGGAUGCCCUUCCCUCUUUCCCAAGCUCAGUCCAGCUCUCGGCCUUCUGGGAUCUGUAUUUUGUUCAUUUUGACAAGCAUUGUCCCAUCCUGCACCGCCCCUUGCUGAAGCCUUUGGCCUGUUCGCCCCUGAUUGCUGCAGUUGUGACCGUAGUUGGGGCCAACUACGCAGAAACGGCGCAAAGUAGACAGUUUCACCAACAAGGAACCUCCAAGUUGUGUGCGCUACUGCAGACUUCCAUUGGCACCGAAAGAAACAAUCGAAACAUCGAAGGAUCAGUGCUGGCUGCAGUCUGCAUUCUUCUCUGUCAGGCAAUACGCAGCCGGAAGAGUGACCAGGCACAGCUUCUGACGACACUCCUCCACGUGAACACAUCCUACCUUGAGAUGAUUGGACUUUUUCGGCAGCAAGACGAACAUGUCGCAAAAUUAAAUUCCAGCCGGACGAUUCCAGUCAACAAUAGACCCCUUCGAGACUGGAUGGCGCAGAUCAAACAAGAAAACGAUCUGGAAAUGCAUCAGCGUUGGCUUACAUGGGGGAAGGAGGAGACAUGUAGGCGACUUGCGUGGGCUUAUCUCACGUACAAUUACCUGUCCGCGGCAUUUCUCCAUGACAGAGUCGCCCCGGAACCCGAGGCGCCUGAUCUCCAAAUGCCUUGUGAAGACAACAUGUGGGAGGCCGGAAGUGCGAGAAGCUGGUCAACGUGCUUUCCGUGGUCACACAAUCCGCUACCCCAGCUGCCAUUCCGUGCCACGUUGCGAGGACUCCUGCAUCAGACGGUCGCUCUGCAGGAUGUGUCGCGCUUCGGGCGCCUAGUCUGCGCUGCCCUGGUUCAUUACGAGCUGUGUAGAGGAUGUUCGUCGAAGGACGAAAGCGAGAGGAAGAAGAAAAGCAUUCCACACCUCAUCAAUGAUGGUGGGACCGAGCAAGUAUUAAGGCUGGCGGCUGACCUGGCAGACUCGUUCAAGAGAGAUACGUGUACCCGGAGCCAACUCUAA